UUGCCACAGCUAGUGGUUGGGGAACUGCAUGGGGAAUUACAUCAUCUAAAAAGGGUCCUUUGUCGAAUUAUUUGCAACACAUUGGGAUGAUGACUCUCAGCCGAAGUGAAUGUGCCAUACUACUUGAAGAGGAACUAUCUCCAGGAAAAUUGUGCACCAUUCGUACUCAAGGAACAGGAACCUGUUACGGUGACAGUGGCGGUCCUCUUAUCAGCAAUGGUGAAAUCAUAGGGAUUACUUCCACCGGAAAGGACGUCUGUGCUGGUCAAUACCCAGAUGUAUUCACACACGUUUACCUUUACCUGCCAUGGAUUCAGGAAGUCUUGGCACUUUAUUAAUCGCAAUCGAUUUUCCACUCGUUUAAUUUAUCAGUGACUAAUUCAUCAUUUUUAUGACAAUACGUUCAAUAUAUUUUUAUGCUCAAAUGUUGUUUCGGUGUUUAUGUUAUUAAUUGUCUUACGUGUACAUUUUGCAUCUAUUUAUUGU